GUGUUUCUGGUUAGCGCGGGCGGUGGAGGCUGGGGGAGCGUAGAAGAGGCGGCCGAGAACCAUGGCAGCGGUGGUGGUGGCGGCGGCAGUGCGGGCCCAGAUCCUGCAGGUUUCUUCCAAGGUGAACUGCGCCUGGCAUGCAGCAUCGCCUUUCUCUUCUUCGGUGCCAACUGUAAAGCUCUUUAUUGAUGGAAAAUUUGUUGAAUCCCAAAGUGACAAAUGGAUUGACAUCCACAACCCAGCCACCAAUGAGGUCAUUGGCCGGGUCCCUCAGUCCACCAAGGCUGAGAUGGAUGCAGCCGUUGCCUCCUGCAAAUGUGCCUUCCCUGCAUGGGCAGACACUUCAAUAUUAAGCCGUCAGCAGUUCCUGCUCCGCUAUCAACAACUUAUUAAAGAAAACUUGAAAGAAAUUGCCAGGUUAAUCACGCUGGAACAAGGGAAAACGCUAGCUGAUGCCGAAGGAGAUGUAUUUCGAGGCCUUCAGGUGGUUGAGCAUGCCUGCAGCGUGACAUCCCUGAUGCUGGGAGAGACCAUGCCAUCCAUCACCAAAGACAUGGACCUCUAUUCCUACCGUCUGCCCCUGGGGGUGUGUGCAGGCAUUGCUCCGUUCAAUUUUCCUGCCAUGAUCCCCCUUUGGAUGUUCCCCAUGGCCAUGGUGUGUGGAAACACCUUCCUGAUGAAGCCGUCAGAGCACGUUCCCGGAGCCACUAUGCUUCUUGCUAAGUUGCUUCAGGACUCUGGUGCCCCCGGUGGAACGCUGAGCGUUAUCCAUGGACAGCACGAAGCUGUAAAUUUUAUUUGUGAUCAUCCAGACAUCAAAGCAAUCAGCUUUGUGGGAUCCAACCAGGCAGGAGAAUACAUCUUCGAGAGAGGGUCAAGACACGGCAAGAGAGUUCAAGCCAAUAUGGGAGCCAAAAACCAUGGGGUGGUCAUGCCAGAUGCCAAUAAGGAGAAUACCUUGAACCAACUGGUUGGGGCAGCAUUUGGAGCUGCUGGCCAGCGCUGCUUGGCUCUGUCAACAGCAAUCCUUGUGGGAGAAGCUAAGAAGUGGCUGCCAGAGCUGGCGGAGCGUGCCAAGAACCUGAGAGUCAAUGCAGGAGACCAGCCUGGAGCUGAUCUUGGCCCUCUGAUCACUCCCCAGGCCAAAGAGCGAGUCUGUAACCUGAUUGAUAGUGGACCAAAGGAGGGAGCAUCUAUCCUUCUUGAUGGGCGGAAAAUUAAAGUGAAAGGCUAUGAAAAUGGUAACUUUGUUGGACCAACCAUCAUCUCAAAUGUAAAGCCAAAUAUGACCUGUUACAAAGAAGAGAUUUUUGGUCCAGUUCUUGUGGUUCUGGAGACAGAAACAUUGGAUGAAGCCAUCAAGAUCGUCAAUGACAACCCAUAUGGAAAUGGGACUGCCAUCUUCACGACCAAUGGAGCCACCGCUCGGAAAUACUCCCACCUGGUGGAUGUUGGACAGGUGGGGGUGAAUGUUCCCAUUCCAGUGCCUUUGCCAAUGUUCUCAUUCACCGGCUCUCGAUCUUCCUUCAGGGGAGACACCAAUUUCUAUGGCAAACAGGGCAUCCAGUUCUACACUCAGUUAAAGACUAUCACUUCUCAGUGGAAAGAAGAAGAUGCUACUCUCUCAACACCUGCUGUAGUCAUGCCUACCAUGGGCCGCUAGAAACAAGUUUGUUCAAGACAGUCCACCCCAAGUAAUCUCCCUUUAUUCUUGACCAACUUCAUUUGCCAACCUUGUUCAGAUCAGAUCCUUGGCGUUGGCAUCCAUUGUAAUUGAGUUCUUUCCCAGGACUGUCAGCCCCUUUCACAGUUGCUAUAGGGAGACUCCUAAUAUAAUACUGAAACUAGAGUUUCACUUGCUCUUCAUCCUUCUGUUUUUGAAGUAACUGUUCUUAUUGUGAAAUGUUUACCUGGAAUGAGAACUUAGACCUGUUUUCUAAAAAUGUUCCCCUUUUCUGAUGACUUGAAGGAGUUUACAUACAGAAGACCAUCCAAUAAUUGGAAGAACUCUUGGAUUAGGAAUUUGGAUAUUAAGAAUUAGGACAGAAAUAAUUCACCCUGGAGUUAAGCCUCAAACACAGCCCUACAUAAAUGCCAGUGGGGAAGACGCCUCUCCAGGUUUUCCUGAAUUUCACUUUCAGCUAACACCACACAGGAUGUAACCCAUUUCUACACGUCCCAACAUUGUGACAACUGCUUCUUUCUUUUCUGCUCAAUGCUUUUCUGUUGUCCUUGUGAUUCAAGACCAUUAUUUAAUGCUGUCAUUGUCACUGCUCCUGCUUCUUAGAAGUUAUUUCUCAAGGAUACCUCAGGACUUAAUGGAUAAGUCAACUUCUUGUGAAGUGUGCCAAGGUUCAGUGCCUGCUUCGGCAAUCACUAAUUAAUGCUUCAGCUGUUAACUCAGACACAACAGUUUGAGGAUUAUUUCAAAGGUUAUUUUAUACCCAGAAAUCAAGAAGUGUUCCAAUCAUGGAAGUGGAUUAAGACUCCCGCCUUAAGCAAGUUUAAUCUAUUACUUGCCAAAUUUUGUAUGUUCUUUCCUUUUCCUGUAUUUCUAUUAGUGACACUUUUAAUGAAAGAAUUCUUCAUGUAGAGUAAUUAUUUAGGGCCUAAGAAAUUUCAAAGCUUUUCAUUACAAAAAGCAAGAAAAGAAAUGCUCUGACAGUGUUC